AUGCCGCAGAAGGUCUAUGUCACUUACAACCAGGUCCACAAGCUCUGCCAGAGCUCGGCGACCCAGAUCCUCAAGGAGUUCCACCCCAAUCUUAUGAUCGCCAUCGGCGGUGGUGGUUACGUUCCUGCCCGCAUCCUUCGAUCUUUCCUUAAGCAACCCGGUGACCCCAACAUCCCCAUCCAGGCUAUUGGCCUCUCCCUUUACGAGGACUUGGGCCGUGGAGAUGCCGAGGAAGUUCCUGGCACUAAGGUUACUCGCACGCAAUGGCUGGAUAUGAGCUCGCUGGAGAUGGCCAACUUGAUUGGCAAGAACAUCCUCAUCGUCGACGAGGUUGAUGAUACCCGUACAACUCUGGAGUAUGCUGUGCGCGAGCUCGAGAAGGAUGUCGAGCUUGCUCAGAAGCAGCUCGGUCGCGAGGGCGAGAAGACCAACUUCUUUGUCUUUGUUCUGCACAACAAGGACAAGGCUAAGAAGGGUGUCCUGCCCACCGAUAUGAUGGAGACCGGCCGCUACCAUGCCUCGGUCACCACCGAGGAUGUCUGGAUUUGCUACCCUUGGGAGGCUAAGGACAUCGAGGAGCACGAUGCUCUGGCCAAGGAGAACCCUCUCAUCUAA